CGCCCGGUUCCAGGCACUGCAGCCUAACUGGCUCUUGAUGAAUGUCAUAGAUUCUAGACAGCUUCGAAGGAAUGCGAAGGAAACUGGGAUUUUGGGGGGUGAUUCAGGACUAGCAAGACCAUUUCUCGGAAGUUCACAGCGAGUAGGGAUCGCAGACUGCCUGAGUCCUCCAGAGUGAGCGAGAGCGGCAUCUCUAUGAUCAAGGAGCCAUAGAGCGGGCCUCUCUUUCCUUCCUGCGCAUGAGCAGUAGCUGUAGAGCCGGAAAGAUGGCGGAGGAAGGAGAAAGAAAAAAGAUCCCUUUGGUUCCAGAAAAUCUCCUGAAAAAGAGGAAGGCUUAUCAGGCCCUCAAAGCCACCCAGGCAAAGCAGGCACUUUUGGCAAGGAGGGAGGGAAAAUCAAAACAGUUCAGGUUUAAGCGACUGGAGUCAUUCCUGCAUGAUUCCUGGCGGCAGAAGCGUGACAUGGUGCGAGUCCAGCGACUAGAGGUGAAGCCUCGUGCGCUGGAAGCGCCUGAUAAACACUCCCUGGCCUUCGUCAUGCGCAUUGAAAGGAUAGAAGGAGUGAGUUCACUGGUACAGAACACCAUAGCAAAACUUCGCCUGAAGAAAUUGUUCAGUGGUGUCUUCAUCAAUGUCACCCCUCAGACUGUAAGAAUGCUGCGUACAGUGGAGCCGUAUGUGACCUGGGGAUUUCCAAAUCUGAAAUCUGUCCGGGAACUCAUCUUGAAACGUGGACAAGCGAGGAUUAACAAUAAGACUGUCCCUCUAACCGACAACACCGUGAUUGAGGAGCAUCUGGGGAGAUUUGGUGUCAUUUGCCUGGAAGACCUCAUCCAUGAAAUUGCCUUCCCGGGGAAGCAUUUCCAAGCGAUCUCUUCAUUCUUGUGCCCAUUCCACCUCUCUGUGGCCCGUCACGCUACCAAGAACAGAGUGGGGUUCCUCAAGGAGAUGGGCUCUCCUGGCUAUCGGGGUGAACGCAUCAAUCAGCUCAUCCGCCAGCUGAACUAAACUAGGACCAGGUGCGACUGUGCUGCAGACUGCUCUCGCUCCCUCCCUCCUUCCCUCCCUGCCCCUCCCUCCCCCACUGUAAACCUUUGCACAUGCCCCCCCACAGUGCUCAUGUGGAGGUCAAGGACAGUGUGAGAGGGGGGAGUUGGUUCUUUCCUCCCAUUCCUCAAAGAUCAAAGCAGUUUGUCUCGGUGACAAAAGGCCUUUCUUACUGAGCCAUCUUGUCAGCCCUUGGUCUGACUUUUGAUGGGUCAUGCUUGUCCAUUAAAAGUCCCUUUGUGAGCUGUAGGUAUAAUUAGUGGUAAGUCCUAGCACCACUGGAAUACAAGUUCUUGUGUGUGCCAGUCCUUGAGAGUCGUGUUCAAAUGGGAAUGAGGGUGCUGACCUGGGAAGGGUCAAUGCCUGAUGAAGACAUGAAUCCCUGACUGUUAGGUUACAGCUAGAAAACUGUUGCUGUUGUUUGGAAAGGAUCUUAGGCUGGUUGGUCCUUUGUGUUGCUGCCACCCUUGCUCUCCACACCAGGUCAUUGUCUGCCUUGAUGCAGUUGUGCUUCCCUCCCUAGGAUUCCAGAAGACUGCAUUGAAGUGUGCAUUUGUUCAUUAAAAUUAUCAGUGUCUUCAAAGAAGACUGUUUUCUGCCUUCAAAACCUGGAAGAAAAAAAAAACCUGGAAGGAAGUGGUCGGCAGAAAGACAGCAGGGUGUGAGCAUUGGAAACAGCACAGCCCCGUUUUAUGGGAAAGGAUGUUCUCCACAGUGGCUGCCCCUGCCUCUGAAUCAUUGCAGGCCAUGGAGGAAAGAGUUGCCCUACUUUGUCCUGCCUGAUAUCUUGGUGUUUAAUGUUGAGGGGGCAAAUAAUCCAAACAUCCCUCCCACCCCUUCCAGUUCUCAGAAGGCCGUGGUCCAGACCCGGGGGCAUACUUGAGUCUGGAAAAAGGAAGUCUUGUUUCUUGUAUUGUGUUUUUGUCAGUGCCGGUGGCUUUGUUUGUUGUUUGUUUAGGACAGGGUCUCACUGUGUAAACCCGGCUCAUCUUAAACUCCAUAGCAAUCCUGCCUCAUCCUCCUAAUGCUGAGGUUAUAGGUGUGCGCCCCCAGCCUGGGAAUUUACACCUCAGACGGAAAUGCAGUUAGGAAGGUAGCGAAAGCUUUGCUUAGUCUGUGCUGUGAGGCCAUGUUGCAACUUCAGUUUGUUUGUUUGUUUUUUGUUUUUCGAGACCGGGUUUCUUUGUGGUUUUGGAGCCUGUCCUGGAACUAGCUCUUGUAGACCAGGCUGGUCUCGAACUCACAGAGAUUCGCCUGCCUCUGCCUCCCAAGUGCUGGGAUUAAAGUGUGCGCCACCGCCGCCCGGCUUCAUGUUGCAACUUCAGUGUCAGCUUUGGUCAGGCUUACCUGUCCCUGAGUCAGUGAUGGCAUUUGUACCCUGACCAGUUUAAGACGGGUUCUCUAGGCUACGAAGACACACACACUCCCACUGUGCUGGAACUCUGUGGUGGUGACACCCUCUUGGCACCGGACCUCUUCUAUGAGGAUGCAUAUGAGUGUGCAUUCUGUUCUAGAGGAGAUUGAAGUUUAACCUUGCUUGUUUCCUGUCCAGAACUAGUGCUGAACUGGGCCUGGUGGUGCAGCCCUUUAAUCCCAGUGCUUGGGAGCAGAGGCAGUUGAGCUCCUCAGCUCGAGGACACACACAAACCGACCUCCUCAUCAUCAGCCUUUCCUUACAACCCACACAGGGCUUCACAUUCUUAACAGUUCCUUCCCUUGGGCUUUCCUGGAACCUCACUGUGAAGCUGAGUUAGAAAGAGGAAAACAUUUUAACCGUGCCUCAAUGCAUGCUGGUUACAAGGUCGGCGGGUCCCAGAAUCUGCCAGAGGUCAAUGUAACUCUGCUGCUGUAGAGCACUGGGAGAUGAGGUGACCAAAAAUGCAUUACAGUUAUGGAGAUGCUCAUGCAUGCCAUACUAAAUGAGGGAACAUAUGAAGUGCUCGCCUACUACGUGAGGCCCUGAGAUCUAUGCUAAGGGAGCAUGGCUUCCCUUUCUGCCCUACAAGGUGGAACUAGUAUCUUCCCAAAUGUCUGCCUUGCUCAGAAUUUAAAGCAAGUUUUUAAAAUAAUUAAAAGAUUAUUUUAAGGUUUAUUGU